CGAUUUGAUAACUUGUCUACGUUGUGAUAUACUGCUUGCAUAAUGUUCCCUCUCUACAUUGUGCAAAAAUGUCUCACACUGUUCACCUGAGGAAUCUUAUCGUGCUGAGUGUUGCUUUAUUAUUUAUUCACGACAUAGACGCAGAUUCAUCCAACAGAAGAAUCUUACCUACGGAGGUGGAGGUGCAAGAAGGCCAAGAUUUUCAGGCGCAUUUCCCGAAAGUUUUAAGUGACGAAGCGACGUGCUACGUGAGAACUCCGCUUCUUGUCAAUUGCAACCUAAAGCUCCCUGACAGCGAGAAGAAUGCAACUUGCGACGAGAGAAUCCAUUAUUGGUCGGUAAACAGCGCGUGCGGUUUCUACGUCACGAAUGUACAGAAGGAGGAUAACGGAAUGUGGAGGCUUACGUCGCAAAACGACGACGAGAGAGUGAUAGACGUUAUCAUAGUCAAUGUAUUAGAUAAAUUCAACAUUGAAUUGGAGACAAAGGUGGAGUUAACAAAGGGAAUGGCAUACACAUUCACGUUUCCCGACGUCGAAAAAUACUGUAUAAUGCAGAAUCCACACGAUCCCUCCAGUAUAGUCGUGAACAACGAAUGCAGUGUGGAGAUAGAAAAGGUAUCCGCGACGGAUACAGGAACCUGGAACGCCAUUGUUGGCGUGAGAGGCCAAAUCGAGGAAGUCGUGAAGAAGAUAAACCUGUCCGUUUUUUACGAACACGUAAAAUCCGGAUAUAUUAUUUCUUCCGAUCCCGAAGCAAUACAUAUAUACUGCAACUACAUAUCAAUGGAAAACCGCUUGAAUAUGUGUAGAUUUGCAGUAUCUUCGAUCAAUCAGAAAGGAUUAAGAUUGCGCGAAGGUAUGCGCAAGGACAGAUACGAAUAUUACGGCAACGGGCUGAAGAUGGGAGAAUGUGGUCUAACGAUUCGAUCUCCGAAAGAAAAUGAUUACGGGAUCUGGCACUGCUUGCUCGACGUGGUGGAUAAGCCAUCUAUCACAACAGUCGUAGAAGUAUUAAAGCCCAAGAGUUUUCAGAAUCAUAUAAAAGCAACCACUCUAGCUCGUAUAUUUACUGUCUCACCUGUUAUCACGACCAAAGGAGAAGUUAUUAAACUGGAGUGCUCUUCGAAUAAGCCUUUAAGCUACUGCUGGUUCUCUCAACCAAACGGGAAAGUUUAUCGAACUGAACCGAAAUUAAAGGAAUCGACGACAUUUAGUAAUAUGCACGAGGAUGAAACUUAUUGGUUCGGUAACUGCGAGAUCUUGAUAAAGAAUGCCACACUGAAGUACAACGGCACGUGGACUUGCCAUAUGGGGCCUGCUUCACCCGGCGUGGAGUUAACCGAAGAGAUCCAUGUUCGGAUAGCAGAAACACCUCUGGCGGCCAUCACAAAGUUUAUAUCUUACGUUGGCCCCAGGAUUAUCUUCCAAUGCAAAACCGUGCCGCACGCGAAGACACUUACUUACUGCAGAUUUCAAUCGCCAACUGGAUUCGGUAUACAUGUCAACGAGCUCGUCAAUGAAAGCAAUGCCAUCGAGCAAGACAAUGUGCGUUAUUGGUAUAGCGGAGAGAGUCUUGCGGCUGGCGAUUGCGGAUUAGUUGUUGAACCUGCGAGUUUGAUACACAACGGCAACUGGACGUGUGCGGCAAACAUCGAGUUUCUGGCAACUAACGAGUCAUUCGAUACGAUUUAUUUCUCUUACAAUAAACCCACCUCAGAUGUGAAUACAGAGAAUGAUAACACUUCGGCUACCGUCAGUAUCGUCUUCGGUUGUCUGGGAUUCAUAAUAGCACUGGCAAUCUUAAUAGUACUUGGUAUCAAGUACAAAAAAAGAUUCUGGAAUCGCUCUCAAAGUCAGAAUGGGGACAAUUCGACGCAAAGACAAGACGAUGUCUCACUAAAUACGGUGCCAACCGAAGUUUCGAUUUUUAGUGUACAAAGUAUUAGUAGAAAUGAAACUAGUAAUAGAAAUAGUGAAAGUAGUGGUAGUAGUGGUACUGAUAAUAAUACUGGCAGUAGUACGAGUAAUAACAGUCCUCAGCUCCCACAAACGCACAUGUAACUAAUAAUUCCUGUUACGUAACCAGAAUAUAUCAGAUGCCUAUAAGCACCUGAAUUAUACGUUUUACACCGUUAUGUUUUAAUAAUAUUAACGAUAACAUUGACAGUCCAAAUUUUCCAUAAAUGUUACAUUGAACAUAUAUAUGUUUUUUAUCGCACAGUAAUUGAACAAUAAUCUAUAUAAUACUAAAGAUUAUUAGAGAAUAAUAGAAAUAUUGAGACAUUUAUUUCUCUCUUUACGAUAAGUUGAAGAAGAAAAUAAAAAUCUUAUAAAUAUUA